AUGCUCAAUGCCACAUCCACGUCUUUACCUGCGACUCGCCACCUCUGUUUGGUGUUCAUCCACAACCCUACGGCGUUCAUCCACGGCUUAUUCAGUCUGUUCACGACGCGCAGCACCCGCUCCUCUGAUGCGCCUCUGAUAAACGACAUCGACGGCUCAGAUGAACGCGAAGACAAGGCUCAGAUGAACGACAUUGGCGCUCAGAUGAGCAACACUCGGGCUCAGAUGGACAACAUACUCGGCUCAGAUGAACUGGCUACGCUCCUUGUCGAACGUCCUCCGCCUCCGCCAAGUGACUCGCUGUCCCCCACUCGGCCUCCGUGGACAUCUCGCUCAUCGCCGACCUCCGCCAAGCUUCAAAGUUCCGCCACUGCAUGGCUCGGUGCCCGGAGCGAACACGCAGCAGGUUCAGUACUCAGUGCUUUGGGGUUGAUCACGCAGCAAGUUCACGCCCGGAGCGGACAUCCUGCGGCCCUAGGAGCAGUUCCCUCCGCUGAUGUCCUCGCAUCCCGAACUGAUGCUCCCCUCGCACCCCGAGCCGGGCUCAAGCAGACGCGCUACUCAGCCUAUCGUGGACAGCUGCUGACAGCUACCGGUCCCUCCGACGUUGUGGCUGGUCUUCGCAACGUGGCGGUAGGCUUUGCCGAGCGUAUAGCUCGCGGUGUCGACGUGGGCAAGGCCCAGCUUCGACGUGUGGACAGCGCUCUCGAUGGGCACCGCAAGCCUUGA